GGAGCAGCUGACAUAUCUAAUCUCUAGAGACAAAAGGCGCGUUUCUAUGUCUUCACUCCCCCAAAUAUGUUGGUAAUGCACGCGCCACCCCUCUGGAUAAAAACUCUUGUAUUGUACGGCAUUCUUUCUUCGUUAUCUCCGCGCAUUGUGUCUCACCGACUAACUCCGGCCAUCGAACUUCUCAACCCCCACUAUCGCAGGAACUCGUGCCGUACAACUGCUAUGGCAGCACCCAUAGUCGAUUCAUCGGGCGAGUCAUUUCCGGAACACGCUACCGGGAAGUGGUACUCAGUACCAGAUCUCCGUCUCCGAGAUCACCGUUUCACUGUUCCUCUGGAUUACAGAGAUCCCGUUUCUUCCUUAAAGAUCUCCAUUUUCGCUCGGGAAGUCGUUGCUGAAAGGACUUCAUCUCUAACCCGCACCUGGGUUCCUUCGAGCCCAGCACGCCUGGGUUCGAGGAACCCAGGCGCGGGUUCGUCGAACCCAGGCGUCCUGGGUUCCAUCGAACCCAGGCGCUGGUGCUGGGUUCCUUCGAACCCACGUUGGGGUUCCUUUGAACCCGAUGCUGGGUUCAAAGGAGCCCAACGCCUGGGUUCAAAGGAACCCAGGCCUGGGUUCUACGAACCCGGUGCUGGGUUCCUCGGAACCCAAAAUUGUUUUGCGGUUGGUAAAGAAUGUUGGAGCUGUGGUGUCAAAGCUGCACAAGAGGCAGCAAAUGAAAGGAAAGCUGCACAAGAGGCAGCAAAUGAAACAAAGCUGCACAAGUGGCAGCAAAUGAAAACAGAGCUGCACAAGGGGCAGCAAAUGAAGAAGGCUGCACCAAAGCACGGUAGCAGCAAAGUGCAGCAACCUAUGCUGCAAAAUAUUGAUGAAAUGAUGAGAGGAACAGGAUUGUCAACUCUGCUGACAACGUCAUCUAUGCUGCAAUUUAAGUCCGCCCGGGAUUUGGCUGAUUUCUUGAAACAUUUUCGUGCUGACAGUAUAGUCAAUGAUGCUGAGUUUAUCCGUGUUCGUCUUGUUCCUUGUUCUGGACAUUGGACAGUUUUGGGCCAGCUAUGGAGGUUUUUGUGCCAUCACCAUUUGAGUUUUGCACCACAAGGAUUGAAACAAGUGCUUCUAACUGGAGGAAUACCUCCAAUUGGAGAUGGGUGCACUGCAGAUACUGUUUAUGGAGCUUGCUUUGAGCAGGUUGCUCGUCAGAAUGAAAAAUACUACAAGAGAAAUCCUCAGGAUAUUGAAGUUGUUUGUGAAGUUGUAAACUAUUUGGCAGAAUCUGAAGGGGGUGGGUCUAGUGCAGGUUUUGAACGCCUUCAUUAUCUGUUUGAGAGGGUCUGGGAUCCUGUAAUAGUCCCAGGAGCACCUAAGAAAAUUAGUUUCUACUUCUUGAAUGCUGUAAGUUUGACAAUUGAUUGGGUUUUGAUUGAAACCCACUCUAUGCUCUUAUCCACGAGUCAAUUUACUGGUGCUUCAUCUCGGUGGUCUGCUCAACGAUUGAGGGCUAAACAUGAGAACAAAUUUGAUGCAAUCAAGGCUGCAGGUGAAGGACGCCCUGUACUUUUUACAGGGGAGGUAAGACCAUGGUGUUUUGUUGAUUGCAAGUUUGCAACUGCAACAUUUACAUGCAAGCAUCAGAGUCUGUUUGACAUAGAUCUGAGAAAGCCAACUAGCCUUCUGAACAAACCUUCUGCAGUAGCACCACGACAAGUGCCUGAGUGCCAUGAACUGGUUAUGGCAGCCAAUGCCAUACCACUCAGUGACAUGGCCCAGAGUAACAGAAGAGUGGUGAGUGCACAGAGCAAAAUGAGAAAGAAAAAGCUAGAAACUGGGACGUUAUAAAAGGAAAUGAAGCUAGCAGAACAAUGAGAAAUACCACAAAUAGAACUUAACCUUCCAGUAAAUUGAGGUUACUUAC